UCUCGGGUAGAGAGUUCACGCCACAGUUCUAUUUCGUGUUGAUAAUGAGCGGAAAGCGGCGGCAGGCGGGAGUGAAGGAUGGAGGGAGUAAGAAAGGCAGGCGGGAGGUGAAGGCUGAGCUGUCCGCUGCUCUGGGGGUGCGGGCUGGGCGUGAGGAGGCCAGGAGAGCCUGGGAGAAGAGGGAGGCUGCCCAGUGUGGACCCGUUGUCUUGGAUUCUGUCCCGUUCCAGCAUUGCGUUAUCCAUUCUUUCAUUGAAAACUCCAAAUUCCUUGAUGGGUUAAAAGACGAAUUACUGGCCUUGCGGUUCCAUGAAAAAUCAAAUGAUCUCUACAAAUUCCAACAGUCUGAGGAUCUGAAGAACAGGAGGGAGCCACACAUCAGUGCUCUACGGGACGUGCUGUUUGUAGAUUUUCGACAGUGGCUGUCAGAGGUGACGGGUGUGGAGCUGGAGACAACGGUGGACAUAUCAUGUGCUCAGUACACCUACACAGACACACUGCUGUGCCAUGACGAUGAACUGGAAGGGAGGAGAUUUGCUUUCAUCUUGUAUCUGGUUCCUGAGUGGUCUGAGGCAGAUGGGGGCACACUGGACCUGUACAGCACCGACGACAGGACACAACCUGGAUCUAUUGUGAAGUCUCUUGUCCCAUCUUGGAAUACAUUGGUUUUCUUUGAGGUUUCUCCAGUUUCUUUCCAUCAGGUUUCCGAAGUCUUAUCGGAGGAGAAAUGUCGUCUGUCAGUCAGUGGAUGGUUUCAUGGUCCCUCCUUGGAGCGGCCCCCACGGUGUCUGGACCCUGCACCUAUUCGCAACCCCCACAUCCCACAUGAUCAUGAGAUCCUCUAUGAAUGGAUAAAUCCAGCAUACAUGUCAUUUGAAUAUCAAUCGCAGAUUCAAGAUGAAUUUGAAGACUCAUCCGAAAUUCUUUUGAAAGAUUUUCUCAAGGAGGAGAAGUUCAGAGCUGUGUGUGAAGCUUUGGAGACCCGCCACAUUGAUUGGGAGCUGCUGGGUCCACCCAACAGAAGAUGCUAUAAGAGGGCAAAAGGACAAUUACCUGAUGCAUUAUCCUCCUGCAUGGACCUUCUGCGAUCUGAGGCCUUCUUCCUGUUGCUCUCCAACCUUACUGGUCUCAAACUGCAUUUCUUGGCUCCAGACAAUGAAGAUUCUGAUGAAGGUGAAGGUUCCUCUGGACAGAACGCAAGGACCUUAUCGCAAGGAGAUGGGGUGGAACAGACUGGUCCUGCUGCGCAUUCAGAAGGAGACAAUGUCCCUACAUACACUGGCGAGCUGAGACACUGGGAGCAUGGACACUAUACCAUGAUACAUGACCAAGAUCCCGAGCGCCAGGACUUUGCACUAGACCUACUGUUGUUUUGCGGAUGUGAAGACUGGGAGGCAGAGUAUGGAGGAUUCACUUCCUACAUUGCCAAGGAGGAAGAUGAAGAGCUCCUCACAGUCUAUCCAGAGAACAACUGCCUGGCUUUGGUUUACAGAGACAAAGAAACAAUGAAAUUUGUGAAACACAUCAACCAUAAGAGUCUACAGAGAGACGCCAACCGCAGAGGAUUCUGGGACUUUGCUUUUGUGUACUAUGAAUGACCAGUGGAGUUUUUGUACCUCCAGCACAUCAAAGUGUAACUGACUGUAUACUUGUAAUCAUCUCUUUUAUGAGGCUUUAAUGACGUUGACAAGUGGAGGGAACUAGGUGUCUGAUCGCUCUAUGCCUCGAAGCAACAAGUGCCGCAGCAAAAUAUGGACAUGUUUCCUGUCUUAUAUGGUCUCUGCUCCAUGUAAAUAUGGGAUAUGGGUUUCCCGAAUGAAAUAUUGUGUACUAUUAAAUGUGUUUAUAGAAAGAAAAUUGGGUCUUGGGAAAUAAGAGCGUUUGCCUAAUGUGAGAGCGCUGAAUCCUAACCACUAGACCACCAGGGAAGCUGUAUUGUUGCCGUGUGUGAAUGGGAUAUUAAAAAAAUCUAUUUUGAUAACUCUGCAGUGGUGGGUCCAGAGAUCAGACAUUUAUCACCUAGUGUCUGCAUAGGUGAUAAAUAUCAGUUAGGGCAUAAUCCCUUUAAAGGGGUUGUCUGCCGUUGGCAAGUGGCAUUUAUCAUGUAGAGAAA